GAGGUGAUAGUGAGGGUACCUGCAUCUUCUGAUCAUUCUCCGCUAAAAAUUGAUCUAAAGAGAGAUGAUGGAAAUGAUACUCCAAGGGCCUUUAAGUUUUUCAAUUGUAUUGAUGAUCAUCCAGAGUUUAUCUACAGAGUACGGGGCAUUUGGAAUGGUAGGAAAACAAAUGACAUUAAGGAGGUAUGGCGAAAACUCAAGCAAGUGAGAAAUGAGAUCAAACAUCUGAAUAAUGUUGAGUUUAGAGGAGUAGCUGACAGAGUAAAAGAUAUAAGGAAUAAGUUACAACAGGUGCAAGAGAAUAUGAAUGAUCCAACCAAAGUGACAUCAUAUAGGCAGCUGGAAUGGGAAUUGCAGUCACAACUAGAAAAAUGAAGUAUGAUUGAAGAUAGUAUAAUGAAAUAAAAGUCCAGAGUUCAUUGGUUGAAGCUGGGAGAUGCUAACAUUUCAUAUUUCUUUGCACAUAUAAAGAAUCGUGUGGCUUAUAAUACUAUAACAAGUCUCAUGAAUGGUGAAGGCAAUGUAAUGUCUUCACAUGAAAAAAUUGAGAGGGAAGUAAAGGUAGUGUAUAAGGAGUUGCUGGGAGAAUCAGCAGUUGCUUUGCCAAGUGUUAAUGGACUAAUCAUGAAGAAUGGGCAGACUCUAGAUAGAGAUCAACAAUUGCAUUUGGUAGCAGUAACAAUUUAUAGUAAUGUAUUCUCCUAUAAAUUGCACAUCUGUCACUUUAAUCCCCAAAGUGGAUAACCCAAAUUGGGGAAUAUAGACCAAUAUCUUGCUGCACAACAAUAUAUAAAAUCAUAUCAAAGGUUUUAACAAGAAGGAUGCAGAAGGUGGUGAACUCAAUUGUAGAUGACAACCAAUCAACUUUUGUUUCGGGUAGAGGUAUUAGUGAUAACAUCAGUUUGAGUCAUGGGUGAAGGGGUAUUGAAGGAAAGGCAUUUCAGCAAGAUGUAUGAUGAAAGUGGAUAUGAAGAAAAUAUAUGAUUCACUAGAAUGGAGCUUUUGGUAGAAUAUGUUGUGGGAGCUUAAAUUUCCAACAGUGGUAAUCAGGUGGAUAAUGCAAUGUGUUACUACUGUUACCUAUACAAUCAUGAUCAAUGGGAAGUCAACUAAGCCAUAUAAGGCAAAGAAAGGAGUUAGACAAGGGGAAAGUUAGAUUUGUUAGGUGUCUGCAUGACUGUUUUCAAAUGUUCUCUCAGGCUUCUGGAUUGGUGGCAAAUGCUGGUACGAGUAGUAUACAUUUUGGAGGGGUGAAGAUGACUAUUCAAGAACAUAUAUUACAAGAGCUGAAAUUUGUCAAAGGGGAGCUACCUUUUAGGUAUCUUGGAGUGCCCUCUAGUACUAAACGAGUUUCCAUAGUGCAAUGCAAACCACUCAUUGAUAAAAUACUUGGGAGGAUUACAAGCUGGACAACAAGAUUCCUAUCAUAUGCUGACAGAGCACAACUAGUAAACAAUGUUUUGUUUGCUAUUCAAAUAUUUUGGGCUCAAGUGUUUGCAUUGCCAAAGAACAUUAUACAAGAAAUCGAGUCUAUAUGGAAGAGGUUUCUAUUGUCAGAAAAUGUUGAUUUAUUAAAAAUAGCACUAAUCGCUUGGGAGAAAUUAUGCAAGCCCAAAUAAAAUGGAGGUUUGAAUUUCCUCAAUAUCUAUACCUGGAACAAAGCUGCUCUUGGGAAGCUACUAUGUAACUUGUGCAAGAAAAAAGACAAAUUGUGGGUGCAUAGUCUACUAUAAGAUGAGAGGUGAUAUGGAUAAAGUGGACUAGAUGAAGUUGGUAUGGGCAAAUUUUGGAGCUCGUAAAUGGUUGUUUAUAAUGUAUAUUGCUCUGAAUAGGAGAUCACUGACCAGAGACAGAUUGACACAAUGGGGAUUAGCUGAUGAAGUAACAUGUCCACUCUGUUAGGUGUCAGAUGAAGAUAUUGAUCAUCUUUUCUUCCAAUGUUCUUAUGUUGGAAGUGUAUGGUCUAAACUAUUGGUUUUGCAAGGUGUUCGGAGGCAAAACCUGAACUGGCAGGAGGAAGUUCGAUAUGCAUGAGAAGGAAAAAUAGUAUGAUGCAGGCAUACAGAGUGACACUUGCAGGCGUAUUAUAUUGUUUGUGGAUACAACGGAACUGUAGAAUAUUUCAAAAGAAACAAAGGCCACUGGAAAGCAUUAUUCGACAAGUCAUCCAAGAAGUUCAUGGGCGAGGUUCCCAGCAACCUAGUAGAUUAAAAGAACUUAAUAUAUAUCCCUGAUUUUAAAGAGUAAUAGUUAGAUAGGGAUGGUAUGUGUUAGGAGUAUUAGCUAAACUUGGGGCUGAUUGUCCAAGUUGGCUGGGAUUUUAUUUUGUAAAGCUCUUUGGUAAAUCAAAUUUUUUAAUCACCAAAAAAAAAUGUUUGUCUUGUAUCUUGAAUACAAUAUCCACGCAUUCAAGUUCUCCGACAUAUUGUUAUCAAUAGAGUCACAUCUACUAUGUCAUUUGAAGUACCUUUUGCACCAUCUUUCUGAAUUGUAAUACAAAAAACCAUUCAAGCACCCUCUUCUCAACUUCUUCAAAGCCUUUAUGUAGUCCCUCAAUUCAACUUCAAAUAAAGAUUUUGCAAUCUUUCAGAAAAUAUUUCUUCUCUAUUUCCUUCUAAUUUUUGCACCAAUUCAUAAGAACAUGCCUGGCACACAUUCUAUGUUCACUAAGUGAUAAUGAAUCUGACACUUCAAUUUCCAAU